AAACACAAUGCUACAAGUUGUCUGAGAUAGAUGGCUGCCAGGCAAUGACGUUAGAGACUCCACUGUAAGACAUCUAGCCUUCAUUAUACAGAUGAUAACUAUAAAAAAAUACUCAUUAAAUAUUCAGAUGUCAUUUUCUUGGAAACCUUUGACCCGCCUACUACUUUCAAAAGUAUAAAACCCUCUUAGUUUCUUGCUCAUUGCCAGAUCUCAACAUCAUAUCCACUUUACUGAACUUUGAUACUUUGAAAAUUGAAGAAUACUGGAACAAAAUCACCUGAAGUCUGAACAUCUGAAAAGCUUCUUCGCUGUAUUAUAUUCAUACCUGAUCUCCAUUCGUUGUACAUCUGAGGAUUCAGACUAAAUCAGGAUGUUGACCACUGCAGCUCUUAUUCUCAUUGUCACCACUAAAGUUGUCCUAGGACAGGAUGACAGACUGGGUAUUAAAAGACAGAGAUAUCCAUUAAAUAUGGAAGAGGAGUCAGUUGAUGACCAGUAUAAUGGCUGUAGAGGGGACAUGGUAAAAUUGAUUGAGAAAUAUCUACCUGAAGAAAUCCGUGCUAACAUAGCAGGCUUUGGAACAGUUUGGGAAAACAGUAAAAAAAAGAUCUCUGGACCAAAAGACAUUCUGAAAAGAAAUCAUUUAAUUGCCAUUUCUGUGUAUUCUGAUGUUAUUGUAUAUAGACAAUUCAAUGAGGAUGUUAGGACCGGUAAACAGGAAUACGAAGACAAGACAUUCAAAUGGUAUUGGCUUCAUUUUUGGUUGACAAAAGCAAUAGAGACUCUAAAGAAGGGAUGCGAGUCAACUUAUCGUGGUACCAGUGAUAAAUUUGAUGGUGUCAAGAACACAGAGAUUCGUUUUGGCCAAUUUGCGUUCUCCUCUCUUGAUCGUAAAGUAGCAGCUAAUUUUGGAAAUGAAACUUGUUUUGAAAUCAAGACUUGUUACGGUGUUGAUGUGUCAAAAUACUCCCAGUUUCCUAAUCAGAAAGAGGUGUUGAUUCCCCCAUAUGAGAAAUUUGAAAUCACUAAUAUCAGGACAGGUCAGAAGGGUGACUGGUGUAAGACUGUGUUUGAGUUGAAGAGCACUGGUAUAAAAAGUAACUUAAACUGUGCAGUCAAGCCCAAGAAAUAUCACAAUGUCAUUAUCUCUGACUGAUCAGCCUUUACAUAUUUUCAUUUCAAUUUAAGCAUGGCUUUUAUAAAGGUUAAGGAUUGCAGCUUUAAGUAGUUUAUCUGAAUGAUAAUCAUUUAGGUUUUUUUCUCGAUUAUAUGAAGAGUUAAAUGCAUUUGUUGCAUAUUUAGCUGUUCUGUCGCUUACGUACACUGUAAAAAGUCUUUGCUGUCUUAAAUUGUUUAGUUUAAUCAAAUCGGAUAUACAAGUCAUUUUAAUUUACUAUUAUUUACCUUGAAAUGAGUUGUCAUAAAUUACAAAAUAUAUAAGUCAACUUCAUUUGUUGUAGCAACUCAUCUCUUGACAAGAUAAAAUAAAGUAGGUACAGUAGAAUAAAUAAAUAUAUUCAUAUUUUUUUGUAUAUAGUUCUUAUUUAAACAGCUUUACCCCUGAUAACAAACCCUGAUAACCCUGAUGAGUCAUCUUGACCGGUACUACUUAGGUUUAAUGCUUUA